GAUGCAUGAUUAUUGAAAUGUUGAUUCAUUCUAGUCGAAUAGUAACUUUGUGUUGUAUACAAACAAAAAAAAAUCAUUCUCUGAUAAGGGAGGAGUUCGAAUGGCUUAGAUUGUUUAAGCAUUCUAAUUUACUAUCAGUCUAAAAAGAAAGUCUCUCGAGUUCAAUCAGUGUCAUUGUGGUUAUUUGGAUGUUGAUUGAGUUGCACCAAAGAGUUAAAUUAGGAUGCAGACUGUGCAAAGUCUGAAAGAUGGUAUAUGGAAUUUACCCAACACGGUAACCAGUUUUCUUGCAAGGGACGAGCCAGUUCCCAGCGGGAAUAGUAAUGAUACCAACAACAACGGCAAUGCGAUGACUAAUAGUGAUAUUAGUUGCGUGAAUAAUCCUGAUGCGGAAAGUACUAAAGAAAACGCCGACAAGUCCUGUACAAAUGAGGUGCUUGUGGAAGAAGGUGUCACAGUUGCGGCCGCUUCGACGUCCAGUUCGCUAAUGUCCUACGAUGAUGACAUUCUGGAACGAUCGCAUGCUAUUCCCUAUGCACUCAUUAAAGAACAGUGGCAACUGGUGUUAGACCAAGAAGAGGAAACAACUAUACCGCAAAUGGAGGUGGCCAUUAACAAAUGCAAGGAUCUAGUGCUACAGUGUACGGACGAUUCCGAUGAGCGCAAAUGGUUAGUUCGGCACCUCAUCGAGUUGCGGCACCGAUUGCGAGAACUUCAGGACUUGGACAGCGACCCAGAUGCAGUGCCAACGGAAACAAAGGUCAUUCUCGGACAUCAUUUUGUCAGGCACGAAAAUAAAUCAUCGAAGCGGAAACUACACUGCGACCAUUGCGCUGGCAUCAUUUGGAAUGUAGUGCAAACGUCCUUCGUCUGCACCGAUUGUUCUUUCGUAGUCCACCAAAAGUGCAUGCGCAAUGUGAUAAGGAUAUGUGCUCACGUAAUCACCACCGAGCGGAACCUACCCAUCGAAUGUAUCUGCCCGGAGAUAGGACUGGCGUUUCAGAAGUAUACCUGUGCAGAAUGUGGGACACAGCUAAGCUACAAUGUAUCUACAGCAUUCGAUUGCUUCGGCGUGGAAUUCAAAGCAGAGAGCCUUAACAGCAUCGCGCCACGUCUCUGUGACUACUCCGGAUUAUAUUACUGUCCGCUUUGCCACUGGAACGACACCAGCAUCAUCCCAGCCCGUGUUAUGAACAAUUGGGACUUUGUUCCGCGCAAGGUCGGUCGUGCCUCCCUGCAGCAAAUCCGGCUACUUCACGACCGACCGGUCAUUCAUUUGGAGGACCGCAACCCGCGUCUGUUCCAGCUGAUAGCGCUCAAAUUGGGUGUGGUUAAAAAGUUGCGCCAUAAAUUGACCCAAAUGCGGCCCUAUUUAAUGUUUUGUCGGAUCGCCGAGGAGCUUAGGCUAAUUCGAGACACCAUCGGAACCAAGCGGCAUUUGAUGCAGAAUGAUCACAUGUACAGCGUGGCCGAUUUGGUUGGAGUAGAGAAAGGAACGCUGCCGGAAUUUUUGCGCAGAGCGCGGGACAUUUUCGAGCGACAUAUUAGGAACUGUGUGAUUUGUUCCGGGAAGGCUUACAUUUGUGAAGUGUGCAACAACGAUGAGAUACUGUUUCCGUUCGACGAUGCUGCCAUUGCUUGCACGCUGUGCAACUCAAUUUCUCAUAAAGUUUGUCACGAGCGGAAGAAUCAGAAUUGUUUGAAGUGCGCGCGUCUGAAGAUUCGCGAGCAACAAAUGCGUAACGAAAUUUUGGACGCUGCUAAUGGAAACUGAAUGUUUGUGAAUUCACUAUGAAUCGAAAUGUUUUAGGCAGUAGCUUUUGCUUUAGCGUUUAUAAGAGCCAAGACAUCUCUAGCAUAACAGCUGUUCAAAAAAAAAUGCACAAUGUGGCUUAUACAUAUUUCGAAGGGUAAUAAAACCGUCAAUGCAUAUGCAAGUA